AUGCUCAAGCGACUUGCGCGCACGAGGCAAUCAUCCUGGAUCUGCCAACGAUGUCUGCAGCAAUCCCAGCGUCCACGACGCUUCAACAGCACUUUUGCUGCCACUGCCACAGCACGCGACACUGUGCUACCGAAUAAUGCCCUGUACGGCCUGUCAACCAGCGGGAAGACAGAUGACGACGCCCUCCGCAAAGUUUUUGACAAUGCCUCCUUUUGGGACGACUUCAAGCGCGCAUCGCAAAAGGGACGGCCCGCGGGGAUUAUAGGGAACAAACACCUUACUCAUCCGGAGGGCUUCGUCGAUUUCGUCACAGUAACGAUAAAGCGAUGCAAUGCCGUGGUGCAAAAGGUGUCGGCAGCGCAGUCGAUAGACGACUUCAAAAACAUGGUCAAGGACCUGGACAAGCUUAGCGAUUUACUUUGUCGCGUAAUAGACCUGGCCGAUUUCGUAAGAGGCACGCAUCCAGAUCGCAAGUUCCAGAUCAUGGCAGUCAAGGCCUACCAUACCGUAUUCCAGUACAUGAAUGAGUUGAACACUACUCCUGUGCUACACGACCAACUCAAAAAGGCAUCAGAGACACCGGAAGUAUACGAGGCCUGGAGCGAGGAGGAGCGCAUCGUUGCGAGAAUAUUGAUAGAAGACUUUUCACGAUUUGGCAUAGGUCUAGACGACAAGACGCGACAACGGCUGGUCGACUUGAGCGGCGAGAUUGCAGAAGUUGGCAACCAGUUUGUUGAAGGCAUGGCGCCAGAAAUACUGGAGCUCAAGUUCAAAUCCACAAAGUUGAAAGGCUUGGAUCCCAAAUUAGCAAAGGCGCUGACGAGAUGGGGGGAGACUACCAUCUCGACCAUGCAUCACGAGUCGCAGGCCGUGCUGCGGUUUGUGGAAAACCCAGAAGUACGGAGAGAGACAUAUCAAGCUGUCCGAACAGCUAGUAAACCAAGCAUCGCGCGACUGGAGAAGAUGCUGAAGCUACGCGCAGAGCUAGCCCAAACAUCAGGUUACGAGACAUUCGCACACAUGACGCUCGAGAACAAAAUGGCUAGAACUCCAGAAGCCGUCAACACGUUUCUGAAAGCGCUAUACGAAGAUAGUCGACCCGCUGUUCUUGCCGAUUUAAACGAGUUGAUGGAACUGAAAAAAGGGGAUGCUCAUCAAUCAAACUUCCCGGACCGCAUCAACGCCUGGGAUAAAUUUUAUUAUACACAGAAGAUGCUUGCAACCAUGGAGGGUCAUUACAAGCAACGCACACCGGAUUCGCUAUCUGCCUACUUCUCCGUCGGCACUGUCCUGCAAGGCAUAUCGCGAUUAUUCGAUCGUCUCUACGGUGUCCGAUUCGUACCAAAAGAAACACAGCCUGUACUCAUGGAGCACUUUGCAUUCUGUCCACAUGUUCUAGGCUUGUAUGCACGCCACUGGGAAACCGAUGCGCCAGUUCCGACUGCUGCUCUUGAAUCACGACUCGCAAUCGACAACAGGAACCAGUACGCUGAGCUUGAGAGCCAGAUCCUUCUCUGCAUGUUAGACCAGGUCUACCACUCCCCCAUUGCCGCGGACCCAAACUUCAACUCGACAAAGGUCUAUCAUGAUGUAUACAGCAAGUACGCAUCUGUCCCUGAGCCCGCAGGUACAGCAUGGCAAGGUUUCUUCGGUCACUUGUUUGGAUAUGGUGCUACCUACUAUUCCUACCUUUUUGAUCGUGCGCUGGCAGCCAAGAUCUGGAAAGACGUCUUCCAGCACAACGGUCAACAGGGCAGUCUGGAUAGAGAAAACGGCGAGCUGUACAAGAACGAGGUGCUCAAAUGGGGUGGAGGAAGGGAUGGCUGGCAAUGUCUGGCUGGCGUUCUGAAAGACGAGAAGCUUGCACAAGGUGGAGAAGAGGCAAUGCAAGAAGUCGGUAAAUGGGGUAUCAAAGAGGUAGGUAGGUAG